AUGUGUAAUAACGACUCUAUAAGAAAACUACAAGUCCCAGGACCUCCCUCCACGAAAGCGAGGCUGUGUAAACACUAUUCCAGGAACAUGAAAAGAUCGGAUGACAGUGAGAGGGAGAAGAGAAGAAAGAGGCGUCGGCUCCUCCAGGAGCUGGGUGAUCAGCGGAUCCCCUUCCUCUCCCCCUCUGACCCUGGAUACCAACAACUGUGGGAGUCGAGCUACACGGGGCUGGCGCUGCGUCCGUCCGGAUGCCUCCCCGACGGCCUCCACGAGCGCGUGCAGCAGGCCCUGUUGACGCUGCGUGGGCGGGGCUGCCUGCUGCGGGACCUGGUGCGGGUGCGCGACCGCGACGUCCUGACGGCCGUAUCCCGCGCCCUCCUGGGCCAACCGGGCCACACCUACCGCUACCUUGACACACGCCUCUUUGCCAUCCCCUGGCAUGCCGACGACCCGCCACCCCAGGCACCCAAGGACCAGAGCAUAAACCAAAACCAGAGCCAAGCCGAGGUGCCGAUUGGCGAAAAUGGAAACGCAGCGAAGGUGAAGGCUAAGACGCUUGGUGUGACACCAUCGUCAACAACAACAACAACAACAACAACAACAACAACGUCAUCAUCGUCAUCAACAUUGUCAUCGACGUCGUCGUCAUCGGCGAUACAGGGGUGCUGUGACCCCGACCUGCGUGCGGCCUGCAGGGCAUUGUGGGAACUGAACCGCUUCUUCUGCCAGGACGUGGAGAAGGAGACGGAGGCCCUGAGGCACAGGAAGGCCUGCAGGAAGGCCAAGGAGAAAGCCAAAGCCAAAACCAAGGGGCACGGGGACAAGGGCCACGGUGUCGUGACGCCAUGGAGGGGUGGCGGUGGCCCCGGCUCAGACAAAGGGACAGGCGUAGGUGCCCGCACGGAAAAAAUGGGACAACAAGGGACCUGCUACGAGGGUGACCACCCACGUGGUGGAAAGAUACAAGAGGGAACAACGACAACAACAACAACAACAACAAAGGAGGAGAGGAAGGAAGGACUAGGAGUUGGAGGAGGAGGAGGAGGAGGAGGAAGAGGAGAGGAAGGGGAGGCUGAGGACGAACAGCUGCUGGAGGAAGAUGAGGAGGAGCAAGAGCAGGAGGAGAUGGAGAUGGAGAUGAAGGAGGAGGAGGAGGAGGACGAAGAAGACGAACUUACCAAAGAAGAAGAAGAAGACCUGGACACGGGCCAAGGAUGCUCCUCAUACACCAUCCCAACAUCCUCCUCUUUCUCCUCCUGGUCCUCCCCACCUCCUCCCCACUUUAAAUCCCACCCUCCACCUCCCUCUCAUACAGCACCUCCUCUUCCUCCACUUGCUCUGGCCCAGACGACACAGUGCUCCCCUCCUCUGAAAGCCCCGGCAGCAGCAGCAGCAGCAGCAGCAGUAGCCCUGGGCGGUGGCCCGGUGCCCUUCAACAUCACGCUGCUUAACUACAUGGAGCCCUCGUCCAUGAGCCAGCUGAAGGAGGAGCCCUACUACGGCAUGGGCAAGAUGGCCGUGGGCUGGCACCACGACGAGAACCUGGUGCCCCUCUCGCCCGUGGCCGUGUACAACUUCAGCUGCCCCGCCGCCGAGAAAGCAGAACAGCCAGAGUCGGAUACCAUAGCGACACCCGGAGCUGCAAAGGAUGCUGGGAAGGGCACCCAGAGUGGCAGUAGCAGAGGAGGAGGCUCGGCCGAGUCGUGCAGCGCUGCGUCCGCCGGGAGCGGGGCCGGUAACAGUGGGGCCACCGCCGGCAACUCAGGGGGCCCCAGCGACGCCGGAGAGGGAGACUCCUCUGGGACACGGGCAUCGAUGACAAGGGGGGUGACCGAGAGGGUGACGGAGAGGGAUCAAGGGGCCAAGGCGGAGGGCAGUCGGGCGGGAGAGAGCAGCAGCAGCACCAGCACCAGCACCAGCACCAGCACCAGCAGCUGCAGUAAGGGGUCGGAGAGGCAGGCGUCCUGCUGGAGGGUGGGGCUGAAGGUGGCCUGGGACAUCCACACCCCGGGCCUCGCACUGCCCCUGCAGUCUGGAGACUGCUACUACAUGACAGAUGAUUUGAACCGGACGCAUCAGCAUUGUGUGUUGGCUGGAGACUCGGCCCGAUUCAGCUCCACCCACAGAGUAGCCCAGUGCUCCACGGGUACCCUGGACUACAUCCAGGGGCGCUGUGCUGAGGCCCUGCAGAACCUGAAGGUGGACCCCGACACAGGCACCGGCAGCCUGCACUCACUACAGCCCAGCACACUGGAGCACUGCGAGGAGAUACACAACGAGGUGGAGUUUGAGUGGCUGCGGCAGUACUGGUUCCAGGGCCGGCGCUACGCUCGCUUCUGCAGCUGGUGGAGCCAACCCAUGGAGCAGCUGGAGAGGGACUGGAGGCAGAUGGAGAACAUGACUCACCUGCUGCUGGGGGUGGUUGAGGAUGAGAAUACAGCACAAGAGCAGAGGAGGGAGAUGGCAGAUACCCUGCUCAACGCCCUCACCGACAGACAACAGCACAGACAGACAUGGAGAGACAGGUGCCAGUCCAGUCUUGCCCAGAGCCUGCCCCUGGAGGAGGCCCCCCUGGACCGACCUUACUGGGGGCCCGAUGACCCCCACAUGCCCUUGCCCUUUGACCUUGCUGACAUCAUCAGCCGCGUGGAGUCGCUCCUCUGGAGGAUGUGACUGCUAUGCUGUAUGCCGAAGAGGGUGCGGCAAUGUGAUGCGAUGUUGGGGGAAUGAAGAGAAGAGAAGAGAAGAGAAGAGAAGAGAAGAGAAGAGAAGAGAAGAGAAGAGAAGAGAAGAGAAGAGAAGAAAAGAAAAGAAAAGAAGAGAAGAGGUGGCAGAGCAUGGCAGGACUUGCACAGCACAGCACCCACCCUGCCAUGCCCCCUUGCCCUCACCUCCUUCCACCCCCCCACCCCCCCACCCACACAUGAGGACCUACUCCGCCAGGCAGCCAGACCACCGGAGACACAUUCUCCCAUCCAACUGCUUACCCACACGCCAUGUUCCCCAGAGUUGUACAAAGUACAAGUAGAGGUACUCUUACAGAUGUAAUGACAACACUAGUGGUGUGGUAUUACAUAAGUUCUACUUUGUAAUAUCAUACUACUAGCAUUGUAAUUGCAUCUACAAGAGUACUUCGACUUCUACUUUAUACAACUCUGAUUUCCCUAUAAAUUGUAUCGUCCCUUAAUCUCCCUCUGUAUCAUCUGCUUUUGUCUCUUCCUCUCUUUUUCUCUCCCCUUCUACCUCUGUCUCUCUUUUCUGCCAUUUCCUCUCUCUAUCUCUAUCUUUCUGUCUCUCUUUCUCUCUCUCUCUGUCUUUGUCUGUUUCUCUCUCGCUAUUGUCUUUAUUUCCUCUGUGUGCCUUGCAUCUCUCUCUCUCUCUCUCUCUCUCUCUCUCUCUCUCUCUCUCUCUCUCUCUCUCUCUCUCUCUCUCUCUCUCUCUCUCUCUCUCUCUCUCUCUCUCUCUCUCUCUCUCUCUCUCUCUGCAUCUCUGCUAUCCAACAUGUCUCCCUUUGUGACUACAGUAUUGUUCCACACUCACACUCCAGUCUGAAGGUUCUCUCAUCAAAGGCACAAGCAAGAGCAACAAUGGACAUGAAAGAAGGGACCACACACACACACACACACACACACACACACACACACACACACACACACACACACACACACACACACACACACACACACACACACACACACACACCCUUGCAACAACCCACUACCCCCCAACCCCCCUCACCCACUCCUCUGGAGAAAACUAGAGAAAUAAAUUGAUAAAUAGAUAAUAGGUAUAUAUACAUAGUAGGUAGCAAGUCAGGAUAGUUUGAUCACUCAAGCCUGUAGUGUCACUGUGGUCACAGCUAUUUACUUGACCCGAGUAGUUUUAACUAACUAAACUAAACUGAACUUAACACACAGUAAGUACCUGCUGCCAGUCCAGUGUAUAUCCAUUGUAUAACCAUAAUGCCUUGUGUACACCAAGCGCGACCCAACGCAACCCAGGUAGCUGAGGUGGUUGAGGAAGUUUCGCCAUGAAUUCGCUUUAUUCGCUCUGGACGUGGCAUUGACAUGGUUGAUUUAGCUAAUCGCAUAACGUCUCUGGCUUGACAGCCUGGGACAUUCGGAGAUGUGAACGUUCCAAUUGGUUUUCGCCGAACCGCGUCAUAGCUCAUUACCAUAAGAUUAGCUUGACUUUAAUCGUUAAAAUUCGCUCUGGUCGCUCAGUUCGCUUCGCUCCUGGCGAAUUCGCUCUGGUAGCUUUAUUCGCCUUCCCUCCAUAGAGAAAUAAUGACUGCCGCCGAUCCGGUCGCGUAGUUCACGCUUGGUGCACACGGGGCAUAACCCUUCCCUUUGAUAUUUUAGUUUGCUCAUCUGAAUGUCCCAUAAUACGCUGUGCUUUUGCGUUCAGUGAGAAGCGAGGUCUAUUACCGUUUAUACAUGCACUUCAUGUACGUAGAUGCUUACGCAUACAUACAUAGCUGCUUUAUAAGAUGUUAUUGAUUGGUUUUUUGUUUUGUUGGCUGUCCUCUGCUCUUGCUCUCUCUUGUCUCUUUUUAUGUUCUUUUUUUUCUGUGACUUUUGAUUUUUCUUUUUUGUCUAAAAAGUCGGGGGUCUCCCGCUCUUACGAGGUGACUGUUGGUGUAUUCUAAGAUAAAGGGCAUGGCACUCGAUGCCAUUUUACAAAAUGUGUUAUGACAGUAUGUGCACUUGUUUUAUGUCCGGCGCGUGACUAUUAUUUUUGGCUUUUUUUUGUGGAUAAUGUGUCUCUUCUGUGUGUAUGCGUAUGAACGUGUGUAUGAGAAUGGUCGCAUGUGUGAGGUUGUGUUUGUGAGUAGAGAUAUAAAUACUAUGUUUGAGCACAGUAUGAAGGCAUAAAAAGUUGUUAUAAAGAUUGAAUUUUAUUUGUAUGAAUUGGUAAGAUCAUUGUACAAUAAGACCUGGUGAAGUUAUCCAGUUUAGUAGGUAUUUUAUUGAGUAUGAUGGUGCUAUUUGUGUGUGCGUGUACUGUCUGUGUGAGCGUGCCUGCACGUGUGUGUGUGCGUGUGUGUGUGUGUGUGUGUGUGUGUGUGUGUGUGUGUGUGUGUGUGUGUGUGUGUGUGUGUGUGUGUGUGUGUGUGUGUGUGUGUGUGUGUGUGUGUGUGUGUGUGUGUGUGUGUACAUGCCCGUGCAUGAGUGUGAGCGUGUAUGUGUGCAAAGUGUGUAGGUAUGGGUGUGUAUGUGUGUGUGGGUUGUGUGUGCAUCCAUUUCCCUUGUGUGUGUGUGUGUGUGUGUGUACUGUGUGUGUGUGUGUGGGUGUACUGCAUGUGCUUGUGCGUGUGUGUGUGUGUGUGUGUGUGUGUGUGUGUGUGUGUGUGUGUGUGUGUGUGUGUGUGUGUGUGUGUGUGUGUGUGUGUGUGUGUGUGUGCGUGUGUGUGUGUGUGUGUGUGUGUGUGAAUGGAAUUAGGCACUUUGUGCCUGUAGCGAGUCUGUAAGAUAUUUGUGCUGCAAAUUGUGAGGGAGGACCUCUGACCUCAGAUGAAGAUGAGUCAGAUCACACACACACACACACACACACACACACACACACUCACUCGCGCACACACACACAUUCGCUCUCGCACUAACAACACGCACACACACAGGGCCGCUGACAGCUUUUUCUGGGCCCGGCACAAAGUAAUCUGAAAGGGCCCCCUACCCAAUACAUACAAUGUAAAUGGGACCCAAAUCUGGGCCCCCUAUCUCCCUGGGCCCAGGACAACAUACCCCUUUGUCCUCCCCUGUCGGCUUGCACACACACACACACACACACACACACACACACACACACACACACACACACACACACACACACACACACACACACACACACACACACACAUGCCUUCACCCGCUCACCUUGGCCACGAAAAGGGAACGGUUCAAAAAGCAUCAUGUUUUUAAGCAAAGGUGUUUUUAGAAUGCAAAAUCAAUAUAAUUGUUUCAGAAGCUGUAAAGGCGAAUAAUGAUGAAUGUCAAGGUGUUGUGUAUCAGUGUUGUUCUGACGUUACAAGGCUUGCAUUGCUCACAAGUAAUUGAAUGGAGAAUAGAAAAAAAUGCAGGGAAAUCACAUUCUUGCUUCAAACAAAAAAGCAAUGGUGGGGGUGGUGUCCGCGCCAAUGUCUUUUUCUGAGCAUUUGGCUCGGUGCGUAAUUCCAAAAACAGUC